AUGCUGGUGUUUUUUUGUGUGAUCGUUGGAGAGGCGGACAGUACGUUCAUGGUGAAACUGGACGAGGGCGUCUCAGUGGGCAAGUUAAAGAAGGCGAUUCUAGAUGCGCACCCAAAGAGCUUGAAGGACGUUGGCGAGAGGGAGGUGCAACUUUUUGUGGCUAAGACGAGUGAUGGAAAGUGGUUGGAAGCUGAGAGCGAGGUCUCAGAGGAUGGGAGAAUUCCCAACUCGAUUCUGUACGUGACUAGUGGGAAAGCUGUAGAGGCGACGAAGACUUUAAAGAACUGGUUAUUUACGGAGAACAGAAUGGGUCAACCUUCUUCUAAUCAAAUUCACAUUUUGGUGAAGGUGAAGAAAAACCGGCCUUGUGCGCUGAGUCAACGAUUUGCGGAGAUGAAUGACUCCAAGCAGGAUGAGCCUUUAUCCAAGAAACAGAAGAUCCAGAAAUACAUUACAUCCACUAGACCACUGAGGGAAGACGACUACUCCGUUCCUUUGGACACUAUCGAGGCUUUUAAACGAAUUCGACAUGGCUUUUCAGGAAAUGAUCGUCCAAUUUAUAUGCUAUAUGGCCCUCAUCAAUUCGGGAAAAGCACAAUUGCUCGUGGAACUGAAAGGCUGUUUGGUGGACAUUCGAACAUCAUAUUGGUGUAUUUCGAAGUUUCUAAAGAGAUGGCACGUAACGCCGUCAGCUUCUGGAGUUACAUAGGGAAAAUGGCCGACGCGGAAAGCGAGUGUCAUGAUUCCACUUCGCUGUUGAUGUUAGUUACAACGUACGCUGGUCGCGAGAAAUCGAAGUUGUGUCUGAUCGUUGAUGAAAUGGAUCGUCUGUUCCAGAACCCCGAUUUGUUAACCAGCUUCCUGGGACUUCUUCGGAUGUGGAAAUUUCAAUCGCCGAGCGUCUUCGUGGGGUUUCUUGGGGUUGGAAAUUACGAAUUGCUGAAUCAUCAUAUGGUGCUGCAUGGCGAUGAUGACUCGAGCCCCUUCAACGUUUCUGAAACCAUUAAAGCUGAAAAUUUCUCAAUUCUUCAGAUGAGUGACUUCUUUGUGGAGAUGAAGCUGCGUUAUCCAUUUACAGCCUCACUUCAGGUGGGAAUCAUGGACCUUUCCGGUGGGGUACCCGGUGUGUUGGGAUCACUUGUUCGAUUCACGACUGAUGAAGGUAAAUAUAAUCUUGAGCUCGAAGCAUGGGAGGAGUGGUUCCCCGGAUUGCUGUUUACCAUGUACCUGAAAGAGUACAAUCGAAGCUAUUAUCGUAUUCUUCAAGAUCUAAACAAACUGGAAGACAUUGAGUGGUGGAUUGUUGAGCAGGUGCUUAAGGGGAAGGGCAGUGGCAAGGCAAGGAAUGCAGAUCAUUUACUCCAUAUGGGAGUUGUGGUAAGAAUAAGAGGCACUAAUGAGGUGGCCAUUCUCUCACCGAUGAUGAAGCGAUUGUGUCUCGAAGCACUACUCAAACGAGAUAUUCGUGAAGCAUAUGAUGAUUCGCAAAUCCUCAAUUGA